AUGGCCGAGCCAACCGUUGUCAUAUCCCCCACCGCAGUACCAAGAGAAGACCAGGGACAUGGGGAGCCGAUCCUCACUACUUCGAAACAAGCCCAGAAGACUCCAGGUCUUGGGAGAGAAGGAUGGUGGAGGCUCACGAUAACGAAUACUCCAAUACCUGGUACUUACCACUUAAGGACUUUUAUUGAAGAAGCCCUAUUGAAUCCAGUGAAAAUAACCUACAAUUUUAAAAAUGAAGGGAGGAAAAGGCUCCCUCUGGUGCUGAGAAACGACCCGGUCCCAAUGGACCUCCCACAGUACAAUCCUCCUGACUUCCUGGAGCUGCUGAAGAAGCAGACCGCCUCAUACUCUUUCAAAGACAAGCCCCGGGCAGACCCCAGCACGCUGGUUGACAAAGAUGAGUCACUCCGUCUUUGCCCAGGACAGUACGAGAUACUUCCUGCACCGGUUCCCAAGAGCUCGGCCAGGAGCUUCGUAUUUCGUUCUACAGUUCAAAGAUUCCCACCAAAUUAUUUCACUCCUCAUGAGGGCCCUGGCCCAGGUGACUAUGACUUGAAAGCACCCCCAACAGGCUCUGUUACGUCUUGUUUUCGAUCGAAGGUUCCCCGAUUCUUGCCUGUCAGUUCAAAAACACCAGGCCCAGGAGCAUACACAUCUUCGAGACAGUUCCCUAGGCAGUCUUCAACCAUCGCCAAAAUGGGUAGAGAACACAGCCUCUUCUUCAAUAACACAAUUGGCUUUUAA